CAUCCACCACUUCUGUUCGAUAACGAAUUCGCCCAAAACAUAACUAAUAAUCGCGUUAACCAAGCACCUCCAUACGUGACCAUGCCCAUGUCUUACCCGGUGAGAAUGGUGUUAUGGGUUCUGAUAUCUGCUGCGUGCGCUUGGGGACGGCCCGCCACCUUUCUGCAAGACUUUCGAAUCACUUGGUCUGAUUCCCAUAUCAGACAAAUCGACCGCGGCAGGGCCAUCCAACUCAUUCUUGACCAAAACUCCGGAUGCGGGUUCUCUUCCAAGAAACAAUAUAUGUUUGGUCGUGUUACCAUGAAGAUCAAGCUCAUACCCGGAGACUCGGCUGGGACUGUCACUGCAUUUUAUAUGAACUCGGACACUGACUCAGUUCGGGACGAGCUGGAUUUCGAGUUCUUGGGGAACCGUACUGGGCAGCCCUACACGGUUCAGACAAAUAUCUAUGCCCACGGAAAGGGUGAUAGAGAACAACGGGUCAACCUCUGGUUUGAUCCUUCUGCUGAUUUCCACUCCUACACCAUUAUCUGGAAUCAUCACCAUAUUGUUUUCUACGUGGACGAUGUUCCCAUCAGAGUUUACAAGAACAACGAAGGCAGGGGAGUCCCAUACCCCAGGAUGCAGCCCAUGGGCAUAUAUUCUACGUUGUGGGAGGCGGAUGAUUGGGCAACAAGAGGCGGGCUAGAGAAAAUUGAUUGGAGCAAAGCACCAUUUUACGCUUAUUACAAGGAUUUCGACAUAGAAGGAUGUCCGGUACCAGGACCCUCCGACUGUACCUCCGACCCAAGAAACUGGUGGGAAGGCAGGGCUUACCAAGCUCUGAAUGCUGCGGAAGCUAGAAGAUACAGGUGGGUUCGUAUGAACCACAUGAUCUAUGAUUACUGCAAAGAUAAUUCGCGCUUCCGACUGACCCCCCCGGAGUGCCUCGCCGGCAUCUAAUAUGCCAUGGAUACUGAGUUACGCACGACAUGUCGUACACAUAUCAAUUAUGGGUGGCAUACCGAGGUAUAUAAUUUGAUGGUCUUGUGUCCGUACUCGUUAAGCUGAGAGUAGCCCCUGCAGUAGAGACCAGGGGGCAAAGUCAAAACCCACUUGUUGCUGCUGGCUCUAUGUUCCCCUGUCUAAUCGGAGCGCAUUAUUAAUUGAAGUUUAUAUAGGCAUUAUUAUUGUGUGAAGACUGAAGGAUAUAGUUUUAUCGUGUCGCAUUGCAACUUUCAAAAGCUGAAUAAUAAAGAUAAACCGAUAAAUUUCUAGCUA